AUGCUGAAUUAUCAAUCAGAUGCUGUGUUUUUGAAUGAGUUUAAAAACAGUACACGUCUCAGAGCUAAGAGAGCAAACGGAAGCUUUAACCUGACUGUCUCACAUGUAGAGCCAUCAGAUUCAGCGACAUACUACUGCGCUUUUAUAUUCUACCAUGAGAUCAGCUUUGGAGAUGGGAGUACCUUAAUGGUGACGGAGUCCCAGAGCAGGACAGUAGUGCUGCAGCAGCCCGAGUCUGAGUCAGUGCAGCCAGGAGACUCUGUGACUCUGCAGUGUACAGUACACACUGAGACCUGUGCAGGAGAACACAGUGUGCACUGGUUCAGACCGGGAUCAGGAGAGUCCCCUCCAGGAAUCAUUCACACCCAUGGACACAGGAGUGAUGAGUGCCAGAGGAGCUCUGGGACUGUGUCUCCCACACAGAGCUGUGUCUACAACUUCCCCAAGAGGAUCCUCAGCCUCUCUGAUGCUGGGACUUACUACUGUGCUGUGGCCACCUGUGGGGAGAUCUUGUUUGGGAACGGGACCAAGCUGGAUGUUGAGGGAAAUGAAGCGUUCCUUUAUUGCUUGGCGGGAGCUUUGGCGUUGAGUGUGAUCCUACAUAUUGUCCUCGCUCUGAGCAGGAGAAAAAACGGUGAGAGCUGCAAAGCAUAA